CCUGUUGACCUGUUAAACGGAUGUGCAAGCAACGGGUACUUGCAGAAAGUUCGAAGUAACAACUUGAAUGCCGAGUGAAAGUGACCUUGAUAGCGAAAAGGUCGUUCAAAACAAAAACAAAAUUGACGCACAACACGACGCUUUCCAGGCCUCUGUAUCAGACCGGCGCAGCAACAUUAUCAGUAGAAGUUGAUUCACAAUUGGAAGAACGAUUGGCAGAUUUUUGACGUACGUACGUAAGCAUUUUAUAGACAUGGCAUCAAGUUUGGCAUUGAUGUGUAUCGUCUGUCUUACUGCACAGCAAGUCAUUGCUGAUACUCACAGUACGUGUAGCCCUGAUCCACAGCACACCACUGUAUCAGCGGUACUGCAGGUGUCCUCCGCUGAUGUCGAAGCCAGGCAGGAGACUUCGUUCACUCUGAGGUCGGCAAGUGCAGCGCAACCGAUUUUGAACACCACACAGUCUUGUUCAGGCAACGCGAACCACGACUCCGACGUCGUGGAAAUACUGCGAUCUCUGCAACAAACAGUGGAAGAACUAAAGACCGUUGUAGCUGAACUGUGCACCAAAGCACCAUGCGCUGCCGACGCCACCGACUCCCCGGUUGAGGAGCUGACUACAACUGCCCCGCCUACAACGACUGCACCAGCAUCUUCCGAUUACCCUGUGAUCAACGAGGAUGGAGCACGUUGGAGGUUGUUCUGGUGGUGGACUGGUACCGUUUGGCCGGGUACAGAUGUUGUGACUGAUGUAUUGCAAGAGGAAUAUGGCGACUGUGAGGCUAGCGCCCUCUAUUGUUUCAGUCGGCUGCCUCAAGAACUACAGGAAUCCUCGGCAGAGAUGCUGGGCAGAGAUUCAGCUGGGAACGUAUACAGGUGGGCGUUCAAUCCUGAUAAUGACGUAGCACACGCUGUGUGGCAGGCCUUCCACGAUCACCAGGAAAGCACAGUAAAAAAUGGAGACGUCUGGAAUCCGACUACUGUGGCUGGAACGGCCCCUGCUCAAGCACAGGACAGUUUCCACUACCGCGAGGAGCACGGCGUCAAAUCUCUACAAAUUGACGACGACAAUUGCGACUGUUACACGUCACUGAGUCUGGGCCACGGCAUGUGCCUCCAGGGUCACGACACCGCGUACGGUCCAGAAAACGUGUUCGGUGUGGAUCUGCUGUACGACAGCUACUGCCAAGCGCCAAUACCGUCCAACAGCCUGCUGUUGUACUUCAGAGAAGACGAAUAGUGAGCUACCGCCACAUGCCCUCUAGCGGGUGCCACUGCGUCGAGGGUAUCAACUCCUUCACUUGCGUAGCGUAGAAGGACCUAGUAACGGCCGAUUACCAACAGUGGCAAAUCCUGUUUAUUCCUAAAUCAAUUUAAGGUUUGACCUUCAAUGAUAUGGUGCUACUAUAAUGAUGAUAUGAUAUUUGAAUAUGUUUAGUUGAUUUUUAAGGGUAAAUUGGGGUAAAAAUUUCAAUGUUGAAAGUUAAAAAAAUCAAGCUGUUUUGAAGGAUCUAAAAGCAAUACCAGCAGGUAUUCCAAAAUCGGUUUUGCAUUUUUUCCAGGAAAGGUAAGGACAGUGCUUUGCAGUGGUAUAAGUAGUUAAGUGAAAUUAUUCUGCAUUUUGGCUUGAUGGCCUUUUAAAAAUUCAGCCCCAAACAUGGCCCAAAAUAUCCCAAGACGAAAUGACUCUUAAGCGUCUUACUCGUGCGCGCUAAGGAAUUUCGGGUUCAAGAUUUUGAUUGUGCAUGCGCCAAAAUCUCGGCUAAUGCCAGUGACUGUCGAAAUGGCAGCGCCGCGGAGAGGAAAGACACACCAAUUUUCAUCUGAAAAGAUCCUGUUAAUUUUGCUAGAUAUAAAGUGAAAUACAUGCCACCGGAUGAAAUGAAAUGAGUUCGUUUUUAUUUUCUUCGCCAUUUUUUUGUGAUAAAAAUUCGACAUUAGAAAAUGUCCUGUUAGAUCGUUGUUUGCUUUCCAUUUCCAUGCAGUCAUCGGCAAAAAGGGCCAACUUAAGUUGGGAUUUUUAUUUUAAUGUUCUCCAGUUUCCCCGAACAUGCCACUUAUCACAGCAUAUGAAUGAGAUAUGAAAAAAUAUUAUUACAGGAUUUACGAGUUACUGCGAAUAGGUUUUCGUUUCUUAGGUGGGUAUUGUUUUUGAAGCUUCCAACCGUACGUUUACAUGUACGAACCGCGCGCCGCCAAAUACGAAGUCACCAUGCACGGACGGUCAUGUUGGGCCGUCCACAUGGAGCACUGCAGGCUCGGCUUGCACAAUGCGGAAAAUUACGCUGCCCUAUAUGGGUCAGCGGGGGAAAAAAACGUAUACACUUCGGCGGAUACGUCUUGAACUGUCCUAUUCGCAAUUACUUGGAAAUGGUAUCAUCAUUUUCAUCUAUUCUUUAUCUACAUGGCAAUGUCUUUAAUUUGUCCAUCAGGAAAACUGGAGAAAUAUUUUUUUAAAUUGGAUUGAUUCACGCAUGGUUUGAUACAUUUUCGGGGAAAAUCUUUUUUUUCUCUCCUAAAAUCUCUUUUUUUUUGUGCAGAAUAAUUUUUACAUUUGGACAAUCUCAGCUCAUAAUAUGAUUGUAAAAUGCACAUUUAAUGUUUUCAGGAAUUGUCAUGAGUUUAGGUCGUAACUUUUGGAAAUUAUGUGUUAUUGUUUUCGGUUGAUCAACGGGUGCGAUGGCGCCAUCUGUCGUCUGCCCGAUUCCAGAAUCUUUUGGUCCAGUAGGUCUGCUCCUAACUGGUGCACAAGUGCAUACGUGCAGAGAAUGAACAGGGCCCAAUUUCAUUUUUCUGCUAACCAAAGAAUUCCGUGCUUACGAAUCACCAUUUUGUGCGAACCGCGCUAGCAGAAAAAUUCUGUGCCAACCUUGUAAGCACAGAAUCCCUAGUUACGGGAUUUACGCAUGCCCAGAAGCCAACAUUCCUCGCUAACCCGUGAAAUACGCUCACCGUAAGCACGGAAUUUAUCUGUUAGACAGUAGGCAGGUAUUUUUCGCUUACGGUAAGCAGAGCCAAAGAAUUUGGCCCAUGUACAUGUAAAACGACGCGAAGGUUUAACUACCUACAGCCGACGGGUUCUAGCUUUAGUCGGGGUAGCUUGAAUGCAGUUAUCAGCAGUUUUUUUCUUCUUUUUUGUGUGUAAAUGCUAAUGAGUCCUUCAAGUUCAGAGUCCUUCAAGUUCAGCCAAUGACCACCGCAUAAUUAUUUCUUAAAUGUUCAUCUUUGUCCACUAGUCCACACGUAUUUUAGAUUUUUAGUGAGGGCAGACGAUUUCAGUGUCCAUAAAAUUGAGAUGCUAGUAGGCCUAACAACUUUACAACGGCAUUGUUCGAGGAUGAUUUGCUCAAGAAAUCAAUGUGCCAAAAGCAAUUGCACAUUUUAGAAUUUUCACCAGGGGUGAAGUUUCAGGCUCUAUUGUCAGGCUGCAAGUAGUUCAAAAUAUGUUGAAUAAACUGGACUAUUCCAUAA